GCCACCUGAUCCCUACUUCUCAGAACUCCAGCGAUCAGAUGUCCCACUUUACUGGCAAGAGUCUGUGUCAGUCUCUAACUGACAGAGUAAAGACGACCAGAAGAGCCAAAAUGACCAGAUCAACACAAAGACAAAAUAUCAAGCUAAUCAGAUAGCAUGGACCUGUUCUCUAUUAGAAUAGCUAAUCUGAAAUCAACCGUAAGUGUUCGAGUCCUGCUGCUAAUAUGAGUGUAUGAAGUAAGUCAUGGCUGAUCCAGAGGAACUGGAGUCUGUGGCAGGUGUAGAUGUUGGGGCUGAUGUAAAUGGAGAAUCUAUUCCCUGUAUAGAAAGCACACAAACAGAUGGUCAGGAAACAGAGCAUCAGAUAUAUCCCAACCAAUCAGAGGAGGUCUCUGUCACCGAGACAGACAUGCCUUCUGUUGAUGUCCUGCAAAAUGUCAGUCACCUGGACGGUUCAAGUGCCAGUCCUGUCCCAGAAGUCCAACCCACAUCUGAAGUACCUUCCAAAGAGCCUCUAACAGAAACCCACUCAACACAACCCAGCCUGUCAUUGCCAGUUACUAAAGUCCAGCCCUUUGUCACAGAGGAAAAAACCCUCCGCAGCAGCUUGUUUGCACGCAGGAUGGAGAUACUAAUCAUCACUUGUGUCCUUCUCACUCUCAUUAUAGUGCUUGGCAUUGGACUGGGUGUUGGACUGAGCUGUGCUGGGAAGUUUCGAUGUUUCUCCUCCAGGUGUAUUAGCAUCUUAGCACAGUGCGAUGGGCAUUUUGACUGUGAACAUGGAGAAGAUGAGCUCAGUUGUGUGCGUCUGAGUGGAAAGAGCUCUGUACUUCAGGUGCUUAAUGAUGGAGUCUGGAGGACGGUUUGUGCUGAGAACUGGAACUCCAAUCUUUCACUCUCGGCUUGUAAGCAGCUUGGCUAUUCCAGGUUUGUGGAGUCAAAAGCUCUUCCUCUGUCCUUUAUUGAGCAGGAUUACCAGAAUAACCUGAUAUCAAUAGGACUGAACCAAACAAGUUUUCAGCAACCAGUCAAGAUACACAACAUAACUAAUUCCAGUAAAACUAAGUGCAGUCUGGGAAUGGUAACAGCACUUAAGUGCAUAGCUUGUGGUUCAAGACCCAAGUUCAGCGCUCGUAUAGUUGGUGGCAACCUGUCAGCUGAGGGUCAGUUCCCCUGGCAGGUCAGCCUACACUUCCAGAAUGAGCACCUCUGUGGCGGAUCCAUCAUAACGUCUCGCUGGAUCCUCACUGCUGCCCACUGUGUGUACGGGAUUGCUUAUCCUAUGUAUUGGAUGGUCUAUGCGGGAUUGACCGAGCUGCCACUGAAUGCAGUAAAGGCUUUCGCCGUGGAGAAGAUCAUUUAUCACAGCCGCUACAGACCCAAAGGCCUGGACCAUGAUAUUGCUCUGAUGAAACUGGCGCAGCCCCUCACCUUCAAUGGUAUGGUGGAGCCUAUCUGUCUGCCUAACUUUGGAGAGCAGUUUGAGGACGGUAAAAUGUGCUGGAUCUCAGGAUGGGGUGCCACUGAGGAUGGAGGAGAUGCAAGUGUGUCUCAGCACUGUGCAAGUGUCCCUCUGAUCUCCAAUAAGGCCUGCAGUCAGCCGGAGGUUUACCAGGGCUAUCUAACAGCAGGAAUGAUCUGCGCUGGCUAUCUGGAUGGAGGAACAGACUCCUGUCAGGGUGAUAGCGGUGGUCCUCUGGCAUGUGAGGAUUCCUCCAUCUGGAAAUUGGUGGGGGCCACAAGCUGGGGUCAAGGUUGUGCAGAAAAGAACAAACCCGGGGUUUACACACGCAUCACACAGUCCCUCACCUGGAUACAUCUGCAGAUGGAGAGAGAAGAAAUUCUCCAUCCGCUAACAGUCAGCUCUAAUUACUGAGUUUAAUCGUGGGAAAUCAGACUUCUGCCUUCAACCAACUUGUGCAUUCAUAUCUGGAAAGGUUUUAUUUGGUGUAAGUAGUCUUAUACAGUACUUGCUAUUGUGUUAAGAAAUAACUGCCAAACAAUUGUCCGACUUGUCAGGAGUAAUUGACAUGAUUAUUUUCAAAGACAUCAAGUGGACAAUGUGCUUCUGUCAAAAAUGCAAUAAACAGGAAGAAAAGAAACAAAGGCUCCAUCAUGCAGAACAUUUUUCCAGUCGCAAAACUUGGUCAAGCUUUAAUAUUAAACUAUUUUAGUGUUAACAGUCCUUAAAUAAUUGCUUAAAAACAACAACACACAAUUAACAACAUUAAAUGUAAAAACAGAGUGGCAAAAUAUUCAGACUUGACCUUUAUUUGACUUCAAUAAUGGACAUUUUAUGCCAUUUUCAUUUCCAAAGCUUCUUUCAUGAAUCUGAUUGAUAAGCUUUGCACAUGUGAGAUCAAACUACAUCAGCCUACAGAGCAAAAACAGAGAUCCCUCUGAAACGAAGGAAAGAUUACUGGAAGAGACUUGAACAGAUAUUACUCAAUUUCAUCAAUGCAUCCGGAUUUCUGUGCUUAUCAGCAAAAGAGUUUUACAAAAGGACGUGUAAGGCAUUUUGUACGCGAGUGUUAAAACCAAUUCACAAAUUGAAACAAUGGUUUAACUCCAAGAUCUUUUUUUUGUUUGUUUUUCUAAAAACAAGAAGAAAAACUCAUCCCCUGAAAACAGGGCAGAUAGUAUCGUUUCUGUACAUAAAUAUUCCCUAUAAAACACUAAAAAAAACAGCAAAAGAAAAACAACACUUUUAUACAACGUUUAUAUAUAAAAAUAAUCUCUUUUCUCAAACUCCGUCUUGGAGUCUCUACAAGCGUGAGCAUACUGAAGAGAACACAAACAUGCAGUGGGAAUAAAACCAGCACGACGACACACUCUUGGCAUCCAAAUGAGUUAAUACAGAAAACAAAAUUGACCAAACAUUCACUAAAGGAGUUUCAAAAGGUUCC